CAGAAAAAAGAUUCCGAAGGCACGCGAACGUCUACCGAGGGAUUCGCGUCCAUUGGUCCCACCGUCCAUUGUUUCCCUUUUUCUCCAAGACUGAGUCUCGAAAGAGCCGGAUGGUGUAGGUGUAUAUGUUGGGAUGGUAUGGCGUUGUUGUGCGGAGAGGAGGUUCCGCUGUCAAGCGGACUGUUGCUUGGGGAAGGGCGUGGGAGAAGAGAUGGUAUAGCAGUGUGACGGCUGAGCCGGUGAGCCGGGAGGAGUUUGCGAGGGCUUUGGACGAUGUGUAUCCCCAUGCGACUGGCAGGACUAUGGGUCUGGCUAUCAGUGGAGGAGUUGAUUCCAUGGCUCUUGCGACUCUGUACACGCAAUCUUAUCGGAUGGAUGGUUCGUUGGCGGAACCGCAUGCGAUCAUCAUUGAUCAUAAAGUACGACUGGAGAGCACUGAGGAGGCGGAAUGGGUUGCUGAGCAAUUGCGCGAGAAAUUGCAAAUACCCUCCACGAUUAUUCCCCUCACAUGGCCGGACGACGUGGAUCCCAGAAAUCUCCAGAAGUUCGAGUCGGUGGCGCGUCGCCUGAGAUAUCAAGCACUGGGAUUGACAUGCAGAGACCAUGGGAUAAACGCGCUACUGGUAGCGCACCAUGGAGACGACCAGGCUGAGACCAUCAUGAUGAGGCUCGUUAAAGGGAGGCUUCGGUCGGGUCUUCAGGGCAUGCAUAGUGUGGAAUGGAUCCCGGAGUGCCAUGGUAUCCAUGGGGUCCAUCACAGCGGAGACACCAAUGGCUUGCCUCUAACGAGGACGGAUAUCAAGAAGACCACACCCAAUCGACCGCCAAUUCCCUUCCUCAUCGAAAAAGGGGGCAUUCAAAUUCUACGGCCAUUGCUUACCUUUGAGAAAUCCCGCCUCAUAGCAACUUGUCAAGCCAACUCCAUCCCCUGGGCCGAAGACAAAACCAACCAUAUCCCUACCUUUACGACGCGCAACGCGGUACGACAUAUCCUGCAGAAUCAUCAUCUUCCGGAAGCCCUCACCAGCAAGUCCCUGAUCUCCCUCGCCCAACGCAUGCAACGCCGAGUGGAAUCGCAUCGCCAGCAAGCUGAGAAGAUAUUUGACAAGACUCCUCUCGCGCUGGAUAUCCAAACCGGUUCGCUCAUCGUGCGCUUCCCGCCGGCAUCGGCCUUCCUAGCAUCCCAAGCAGGCGACUUAAGCAAACGCUCGGAUCGAAACGCCGCAAGAAACACAGCAUUCCUCUAUCUUCAGCGCGUCGCCGAGCUCGUCAGCCCCAAAGACUUGCCUUCCAUAGGCCAACUGUCCGCGGCGGUGGAUCACGUCUGGCCCGCUCUUCGCCUUGACGAGAACGAAACCGCGACCACGAAAAACACCAGCAAGGCAUCACCCUCGUCAUCGUCCGCAAACUUAUGCGUGCUCGGCAUCUGGUUCCGCCGAAACGCCCUGCCCUCUCGCGCCCGGCAGGACCCGACCGUAUCUGCCAUCUUAUCCGCUCCGUCGUCGUUCUCCGCGGACUGGUAUCAAAGCAAUACGAACGAGGAGGACAACAUCUACCUCCUCUCGCGACAACCCCUCGACACAAAGGAAAAGGACUCGGCCUCUCUCAGACUCACCAUUCCCAACACGUCACUAGAUCCAAGCUCAGCGACAACAUGGCACCUCUUCGAUGACAGAUUCUGGCUGCGUGUUGAGAACCGCUUAGAAGGCGGGGAUGACGUUGUAGUCCGUAUGUUGACGGAUGAGGAGGUUGUGGGUUUGCUGUCUAGUGGGAAAGGCGUUUCUCCUUCAUCCGAGAGAAGGGAAGACCAGGCUCGGGUCAAGCUACCGCAGCUAGGCUUUCUCAAACCGGCCGAUUUGAGGACAACCAUUCCUGCGCUAUUUCGCAGGCCUCGAUCUUCCCUUGGCACUGGAUCCGCUGCCUCCUCUUCCGACAAAUCUACCACCACAACCGCGGAGUACCAGCAAGAGAAAGAAACACUUCUCGCCUUACCUACCCUGGGUGUCCGCGUUCCCUCGGUAUCUCCGGGUAGCCGCUAUCUAAAAUGGGAGGUCCGCUACAAGAAGAUCUCCGUGGAGUCGUCGUCUCGAGAAAUGGAAGACGUCGUUUUACCGUGGAGUUGGCGGCGUGGGUGGUUAAAUGAUACGAAGCAGAAGGUUGGGAAAAAUAGUAGUGGUGAGGCGGCGAGGGGGAAGAAGAAGGAGAAGAAUGAGUGUGUAAGGGGGAAUGAUGAGAACAGGGACGUAGGGCGGUGGAAGAGGAGAGGGCCUGGUGGUGGGAAGAAUGGGGGAGAGAGACGGGGAGGGGGUUCUUGGGAUUCCUGGAAGUUGGGUAGGGCGGCACGAGAAUCUCGAAGGUAGUGGAAGCGGGGUGCAGAACGU